AUGGACUUCCUCGCGCUACCCCGCCGUGACCUGCAGGCGCUGUGCAAGCGCAACGACAUCCGCGCCAACAUGACCAAUGCCGCCAUGGCCGACGCCCUCCGCGCGCUCCCCAAGGUCGAAGGGACCGAGGAGUACAUCAAGGUUCUGCAGCCGGUCGCCGUGCCGCAAACGGCGGUCAAGUCGGUGAAUGAGGAGAAGAAGCCGAAGAAGCAGGAGAGGCCGCUUCCGCGCGGCCGCCGCGCCACGGCCAAGUCAUCGGAGCCAAUUGAGCCAGAGGAAGACAAGGAAAAGUUAGAGGAGGAUGCGAAGCAGCAGUCGAACAAAGAGGAUGCGCAGGCACCUGGCGUCGGGUGGCGCGGUGCCAGCCGGCGCGCUAGGCCCGUGCCUACCGUGCCUCUGCCGCCGGGCAAGGCAGUGGCGGAGGAGGACGGCCAAGAGGACAAUCUGAAGCGGGAGGCCAAAAGGGAUAAUGCGCCUGCGCCCGUCGUGGGCCGGCGUGGUGCCAGCCGACGCGCUCGACCCUCGCCUGCUGUGGCCGCGCCGGCAGCCGACUCGGUGGUUGCAGGUGCGGAAGAGGAGCAGAUCGAGGAGGUGCUGGUGGAGGACCUCAAGCGGGAGGCGACCAUGGAUGAUGCGCCGGCCCUUGGCGUAGGCCGCCGCGGUGCCAGCCGACGCGCUCGGGCGGCGCCUUCUGUUGCUGCGCUAGCGGGCAAAUUGGUAGCGGAGGAGCAGAGGGCCCCGAUCCCACGCGGCCCUCGUGUCAAGGCCAAGGGCACCUCGACCGAGCCUAUCAGGUUGGACGACGGCGAUGAUGAGGAAAAGGAGGAUGCGAAGCCGGAGGAGCAGGAGGACGCCCAAAUCCUUGGCGUGGGUCGGCGCGGAGUGGCCAGCCGGCGCGCUCAGGCGGCGCUUGCUGUAGCUGCGCCAGAAGCUAACGCAGAGGAGGAGCAGAGGGUCCCUGUCCCACGCGGCCGCCGAGUCAAGGCCAACUCGACCGAGCUUAUCAGUUUGGACGACAGCAAGGAGGAGAAAAAGCAGGACACGAAGCCGGAGGAAGAGAAUGGAGAUGCGCCAGCAAUUGCUGUGGGGCGGUGCGGUGCCAGCCGGCGCGCGCCUGCCCAUUCAGAAGCUCCGGCUACGAGGAGAAGCGCUGCUGCAAGUAAAGCUGAGGCAGGGUAUGUGGCCGUGGAGGCAGUACCUAUCCGGGCCACUCGUCAGCCUAAGCCGACGAUGAAAGCAGCAGCAGCUGCAGCGGCAGAGGAGAAGGCACCACGAAGGGCCACGAGGAGGGGCGCGGUGAUGAGGACCCUUUUGCAGCAGGAGGUACAAGAGGAAGCACAAGGUGUCUUCUCUGAUGCAGAGGCUGUGGGUGCACCGGUUGUGGCCGUGGAGGCUGUACGCAUCCGGGAGACUUGCCACCGUAAACCGACAAUGAAAGCAGCAGCAGCUGCUGCUGCAAAGGCAGAGGAGAAAGCACCACCAAGGGCCACGAAGAGGGGCACGGUGAUGAGGACCGUUUUGCAGCCGGAGGUACAAGAGAAACCGCAAGAGGAGGUCAAUAUUGAAGAUGGUCUUAGCUGUCAAGAGGAGGGUGAUGUGGUUGUUGAUAAGGUGCUGCAUGACUCGGUGGAUAACACCAUUCUUCUUGAUUGCUCAAGUGAUAUCAGCUGGGUUGAAGUGGAGAAGGCAGGAAACAUCACAAGUGAGAUGUCUGAGAACAAAGCUGCAUUGGAUGAGGAUGGUGAUAAACCGAAUGGAGUGGUUAUUGGUGACAGCAUGUCCCAAGCCACAGUGACAGAUGAAGUUGUCCAGGAAGAAAAUGGAGUACUGAUCACCGAUGAGAUACCGCAGGGGACAGCUGGCAUGCAUGACAUGGAGGAUGAUCAGUUUGAAACUGUUUUUGUUCAAGCUGAUCAAGUAGUCACUGCUGACAACCUGCCGGAACAAGUGACAAAUUGUGAAAUUACUGUGGUGGUGAACACAUCACCGAUAGUUGAUGAGAGGCAACAGAGCACAGUUACAAUAGAUGAAAAUGUUGUCGAGGGUCGUUCUGAAACUGAUGGUGUUCAUUCCAAUGAACAGAUAGAAGUGGUAACUACUGACAAAGUUUCAGAGCUCAAGCUGAUAGAAGAUGUUUUAAUUCAAGCUGAACAAGUAGUCACUGAUGACAAUCUGCCAGAACAAGUGACUGAUUGUGAAAUUACUGUGGAGGAGAACACAGCAGUGAUAGUUGAUGAGAAGCAACCGAGCACAGUUACAAUUGAUGAAGAUGCCGAUGAACAGAUGGAAGUGGAAAUGCCAGAACUCACAGGGACAAACGUUGAAGUUAUUGAGGAGAAGACACCACCGGGAGUUGAUGAGAAGCAAAAGAGCACAGUUACAAUGGAUACAGAUGUCGUCGAUGAUCAUUUCAAAACUGAUGUUGUUCAUGCCGAUGAACAGAUGGAAGUGGAACUCACAGAGACAGAUGAUGAAAUUGUUGAGGAGAUGAAGACACCACUGGUAGUUGAUGAGAAGCAACAGAGCACAGUUACAGAUAAUGGAGACAUUGUGGAUGAUCAUUUCAAAACCCAUGGUGCUCAUGCUGAUAAACAGAAGGAAAUGGUGGCUACUGAAGUGCCAGGGACUGACAGUGAAAUUGAGGAGAAGACACCACUGAUAGUUGAUGAGAAGAAACAGAGCACAAUUACAAUGGAUGGAGAUGUUGUCUUUGAUCAUCUCAAAACUGAUACUGCUAAUGCAGAUGAACAGAAGGAAGUUAUAGGUAUAGUUACUGAAGUGCCAGAUGAAGUCACAGGGACUGACGGUGAAGUUAUUGAGGAAAAGGCAGUUGUGAUUACUGAGGACAUGCCAAAUCAGGGAACUGUACCAAAUAUCACCAAUACAAUGGAUGAAUGUUUAAAGGAAAACAAUUUUGGAACUGAUUUUGGCCAUGGCAGUUUGCAGAAGAAAGCAAUCACUGCUGACAUUGAGCCAGAAGUCUCGAGGGCACAAGACGGGGGCGCCCGGAAGGAGAAUGCAUUGCUUGAUGAUGUCACAGAAUCCCUGUCCAUGAGCAUUAUCACCAUGGAGCCAUCAGUGUGCAAGAACAACAGUGAGAAGAACCCUGCUGAACCCAUGGCAGUGCUAGAAGAGAGGGGAGUGAAGGUUGCAAGCGAAUCCGAGGAUUUGACUAAGCUUAGCCUAGGGCAGCUCAGAGCCAAGCUCAAGGAGAAACUGAAUGCCAAGAAGAACAAAGAAGCAAAGAAGAGGGUGGCGCUUGCCAGGGUGGAUGAGAAUGUUUGUCGAUCCCACGCAAAGGGGCAGCAGCAGAACCUGGAUCUGCAACAGCAUUAA